AUGAGUGUGUCAGGGUGGGUGCUGUCUGUAGACAACCUUGUUUUAUUGCUACCUUCUGAAGCUGAUCUUCAGUGCUCCCUAGAAAGGUUCGCAGCCGCCGAGUGCGACGUGACCGGCAUGCGUGUGAACGCAUCUAAAACGAAAAGUCUAGUGCUUUUUCGUUCUCCUGUCCGUAUUUCUCUUCAGAUUAACGGAGAGACAGUAAAGCAGGUGGAAAAGUUAAAGUACCUCGGAACUAUAUUUACUAGUGAUGGACAGUUGGAGGAAGAGAUCGACCGGCGAAUUGGUGUAGCCAGUGGGGUUCUGCGUGAACUAGCGCGACCCGUUGUGACGAAAGGAGAGCUCGGUCUGAAAACUAAGCUCUCGGUGUUCAAGUCGAUCUUUAUCCCCCUGCUUACCUAUGGUCCAAGUAGUUGCGAUUUUGCUACCCAAGUAGCGACUCCUUGCCUUUGGAAUUCAACACAAGACAUAUUCAGUGCACUGGCCGAUGCCCUUGGUCUUAGUUACGUGACCAACCUUGGCGAAAACCUAAUUGAAUUUCCGUUGAGCUUCUGCGGGCACUGUGCGGUGACUCUGACCAUAAGCAGUGAUCCUGAUCUAGCAACUUGCCCGUAA